UUGUUUUUACAGAGCGCGAGUACCGGAACUGUACUGGUGUCGAACAAUCGUUUAACGGUUAUGUUUACACUUUCUGUCCGCGAUUAAUACCGUAGUUUAGUGGUCUGCGCCAUGGCUCUGUACGGGGGUGUCGGAGCCAUGGCUUUACCUAGCGAGCUUAUCGUCCAUAUAUUUUCCUUCUUGUCCGACCGUGACAAGCUUCGGGCCUCGUCAGUGUGCUCUCGCUGGAGGGAGUGUCUGUUUUACCCAUCGCUUUGGACGGAGCUGAAGUUGCGUGUCGGAGGUGGUGCAAACUGGGGAGGCUCUGGCACCGAACAGACCCCAAGAUUAGAAUUUCUCAUGAGGAAGUUUGGCUCUUUCGUGCGCGAGCUACAUCUCGAGGUUGCGGCUGUGGAAGGAUAUCUAAGCCCACUGAGCGGAGUUGAGGGCAGGAUGGAACCUGUAGAAAGCGACCCUCCUUUGCCUGACCGCUGGAAAAACGCAAUGAUCACCUAUUUGGAACAGGUGUUGUGUGUGCUCGGAUGUAUUCGAAACAACAGAAAUAUCCAGAAGCUGAGUCUGUAUGGGGAUACCUGCAUUCUUCAGGAUGAGGGCAUUCUGGACAGUGCCUAUCUCAACCAGGUUGACCAAGGAGGCAAGAAAAUCAAAGAGAUCCAGCAGCUGUUAGUGGAGGUUCUGUCUAACAGCAGGCAGAUAAAGUGGCUGUCCUCUGCCUUCAUGCUGGGCGUGGUGACCCCAUGCUCCCUGGCCUCUCUGUCCAACCCCAGCGCCGGCUCCCUGGAGCACCUCGGCCUGCUGGACAACCAGCUGCCUUGCCUGGUCUCACCUGUGGAGCUGGAGCGGCUGGUCCACCUGCGUUCCCUGGCCCUCGACUUCUGUGACUUCACCUCUGAGUUGAGCCACCUACUGGCUGGAGGAGACCGUGCUCCACUACAUCGCCUCUCCCUGAUGCUCAACGGCGCUGCUCUGGAGGCUAAGCCGCUGGAUGGCACCGCCAGUGAGGAUGACUGGAAGGCCCUGGUCCACCGCAGCGCUAACCUGCGGGUCUACAUGAUGGCCCUGGAUGUUUGCAGCCAGGACCUGCUGAGGGUGCUAAAACCCAGCCUGCCCCUGGAGAGGAUCCACCUUGACAGCUACUCCACCUUGGUCACAGACGGCACCCUGGAGCUCAUUGCCCAGCAGUACAACAAGACCCUGAGCCACUUCGUCCUGAUGAGGGAUGACACCAGCUUCCCUGACCUCAGCAUCAACCGCAACGAGGACCCGCUGGUCCUACUGGCCUGGCGCUGCGUACACCUCUCUGUCCUGGUCAUCCACGGCUACACUGUGUGGUCCCACAAUCUGGUGGCCAUCUCCCGUCUGCGUGGCUCCAGCCUCAAGGUCCUGGCCGUGUCCGAGGAGAGCAUCGACUUCGACCCAGACCAGAGGGUCUUCAUGGAGGGUGACCCCGUCCACAACCUGGUGAAGGAGGUGUCCCUGGGCCUGGGGCGCGUCUGGCACCCCUCUAUGGACUCCAACCUGGUCCUCAGCGAGCCCACCCAGCACUUCCACAGGGAGAUGCAGAGCUUCAGCCUGGGCAUGUAGGCUAGAGCUACAGCCGCCAGACCAGGCAGUCAUCUGGGUCGUGUUCAUUAGGCAUCAAACAAAAGAAAACAAGACCUAAACAGGGAGGGACCACACUUGUCCAAUAAACGCUAAUUUUCUGCUACAAAAAGUUUUCCAUUGCGUGCCCUAAUGAACACGACCCUGGUCUGGUCUGGCCUGCUGCACAUGCUCAGUGCUUGUCUUGAUGAUCUAAUCACCUUAUAGGUCCUAUCUCAUUUACUUUUGUUUGUUUAUAUUUUCUUCUCUGUAGCAUGAACUUAUCCUUUGUAUGUGCCAUGUUUAUCAGUAUUAGCUCUAUAUCUAUAUGUGUAUGUGUAUGUGUGUGUGUAUAUAUAUAUAUAUAUAUAUAUAUAUAUAUAUAUAUAUAUCCUGCUUAUGAAUGAGUAUAGUCAAGUAUUUGUUUAGUAGCUAAAUGAGCGAUUGCGAUUGGUGUUGCAAGGGGGCUUUUUUACACAGCUAGCUUAUUUAGUUGUAUUGCAAGUUUUCUUUUUUGCUUUGUGUUUUGUCUGUCUGUUGUUUUUUCUCUUAGCAAGUGCAGAGUUACCGUAAACUAACUAUCAGUUAAUCCACCUUGGCUUUUUGCAAUGAUGGAAUCCUGUGUACUUGUUCGUUCACAUUUUUUUAGGGGAGAUUAGUCUAGUAGUCUUCCGGCAGAGGGAGGGACAGUGCUGAUGGAGUGUGGUUAGGCCCCCCUCAGCCCAACAAGAUCCUGUCUGCUCUUUACUUUUGUGUUUUGGAGAUUAUAUUGUUGCUAUGUAACGGGACUAAGAUCCUGCUGGUUCUUCUUAACCCAGAGGUGGGAUAUGAUACACUUCUGCUGGUGAAACCGAUUGCUGAGGUUUCCACACUGACACACUCAUGCUGAGACCCUGUGAGCUUCCUACGUUCUGCUGCAGUACUUAAGUCAGGGGUCAGCAUUGCGAGUCAUACGCUGCAGUUUGCUCUCAGAAAAAUCCUUUGUCUCAGGUGGGCAAAACAUGAUUUUGAAGAUGGUGAUGAUGAGGAUGUAUAUACUAUGAAACAAUCAGCUAGUCUGUCAGUUUAAUCCAGUUUUUAUUGUCACAGUUGCCUUGGAAAACCCCUUGUUCUCUGGAUUCAGUAGUUUUUGCCAUCAAAUCUGCCCCUUUUACCAUGGGGUAAACAAACUUAGUCAUACAUUUGUUUUAAGAUGAAGGUGUUUAAAGAAUGGCAAAAAGCUACUCCUUGCACAUGUUUCUCUACAGGCCCACAGUAUUUCACCUGCUGAGCGUUGGAUGGAGGGAGGCAUUGGUUUGCUUGUUCCAAAUCUCAGGAUUUUUGCACCUUCAGUAAAUUUGUCCAAUGAAGGCUUUCUUUUAAUAUAAAACUGUAUGUUGAUCUGCGGGCCAGUGUGCGUGGUGGUGUGGCUGAAUACUGGAAACUAAUACUGUGGAAAGAGCUCUUCCAACACUACGCACACCAGAGGUUGUUGGUUUUCUUUUUCUAGCCCCGCCUUCUAAUUUUCUCUUAACUUUUAAGAAGGUUAACAUCCUUGAUGCGUGUCUGUGAAAAUACUUUUAAUUACGUUUUCUAUUGUGUAUUUGACGUUUUAGAGCUCAGUGUAGUAGAGGGAAUCUGAGGUUGAUUGCUCAGUGGUAGAAUGUAAAUGUGAAGCUAACAACCUUUUUUAAUGUGUAAAGUUGUCUACUAUCCAGUUGGAUCCCUUUUUCUUGACACUUUAUAUGGAAUCAUAAAUAACAUCUCUCUUGUUGAAUAGGAGGAAGCUAUGUAGCUAUAGAGAGCUGCUUGAGGGCAGGUCCAUCGCAGAGAGUUAACUGUUGCCUGUAGAAGCUCAUUGAGCUGAGAAAGCUACAGGACCUUACAUACCAGCCUUAUUAAGAUUGUAAACGCUUGAAGUCAAGAGACCUGAGUGAGGAGAAUUCUGUUUGGUUUUAUUCCAUUAUUAAAAACCUGAACCACUAUCAUAUCACAGGUCCACUGUUGUGGGGGUCAGGAGGGAGGCGAGCUUGAAACAUGCCACAUCUCUUAAUGGCUGGCUUGCAUUACAGCCAAGUCAAACUAUGCAAGUGGAAUGCAUAUAAUCCAGUGGCUUUUAUUUUUCUGUCACUUACAAAUGGAAAUAACAAUUUAUUAUGAUUAUUAUUAUUAUUGUUUUAAGAUCUUGAUUCUUCAGAAGCCAAACUCUGUUUCAAAGGCUACUGUGGGUUACAGACAUGGUCUCUAUGAGACUGGCCAGCAGGCCCUAGUUUUAAGUGGUAUGAAUGUUGUGCAUUUGUUUAAAAUCAGGAUAUUUUAUAGCAAAAUAAGUCAAACAGUGCCUUCGGAAAGUGUUCAGACCACUUGACUUUUUCCACAUUUUGUUAGGUUACAGCCUUAUUCUAAAAA